AUGGCUUCCCCAAGAGCAGACUCGAUUGCGCGAAAGCCCGCGAGCGUCAAGCCCGCGAGCCCGUGGUUGAAAGCUGCUGCAGCUGUCGUCCUUCUCCUUGCCGCCUUGCUCGCCGCCUCGCUCGCCCCGCGCUUCCCCUCGUUUGAUUCGUCCGGGGGGCGCGCGUUGCUGUUGAGAGACGUCACGCGCGGCGCCGAGCUCCUUCUACCACCCGACGCGCGCGCGCCAUGGCAGCGCAGCGCGCUGGAUGCGGCAUCAUGGCUCGCGGCGGACGACGACUCAUCGCGCCCCGCGCGCUUCCACAUCCGCAGCCACGGGUUCCCCGGCCCCGUGCCGUGGAUGUGGGUGCAAGGCGCUCUCCGCGACGAGUUUACUCUGGGCGGCCGGAUCCAGGUGCGGCCGAAAUUCUUUGGCAAGGAAGCAAUGGACUCGGGGAAGCAGCUCAAGGCGUGGCGCAACGAGGAGAUCGCGCGCAACGUGAACCUCGCUCGAGCCCGCAACGCCAGCUUUGGGUCUUACGGGCCCAACGCCACGGCCGCUUUCCUGGACGCGUUCGAGCGCUACCCCGUCAGCGGCAAGUCCGUGCUCGUCAUCGGUAGCCAGCGGCCGUGGGUGGAAUCGAUCUGCCUCACGUUCAAUGCCGGCACGAUCACAACCGUUGAUUUCAACAAGCCCGUGUCAUCACAUCCGAAGCUGCGGGUGAUGGCAGUGGAUGAGCUGGAGGGCACGGACGAGGUGUUUGACGUGGCGGUGUCGUUCUCGUCGCUGGAGCACGACGGGCUGGGCCGCUAUGGCGACCCCAUCAACCCCUUCGGCGACCUGCAGCGCAUGCACAAGAUCAAGGGCUUGCUCAAGCCAGCAGGGAUGCUCUUCCUUGGCCUGCCAGUGGGCAACGACACUCUGGUGUACAACUCUCACCGCGUUUACGGGCCUAUCCGCAUGCCACUGCUUCUUUCCGGGUGGACGUUGCUGGAUGUCUUUGGAGCUAGCAGCUUGGCGCAACUGUACCGCGAGCACCAGCAUACAGGAUACCACCAACCUCUCAUGGCCCUGGCUAAGGAGAACUCACCGUAG